AUGUUCAAAAACCUCAAAGAGAAACAUGCAGCGCUCUUCGAAUCCAAGCAGUCCAAUGCACCCGCCGCAGUUAGUGAGCGCGGUCAAGAUCUGACGUCAAUCCUGGACCGGUCGCAGCGAGCCGAUCUCACAGUGUUGGUAGCGGAGAUCGCAGAAUCAAUGCGGAUUGCGAUUAUCGAGGUGUUCGAAACCCCUGAUACGCCUACUACAAAUGAAUGGUCUCCAAAUCGAAGUCCAACUCUUGAAAGAGACGAAGCAGCACCGCCAUUACCUGCUACACCGCAGGAUGGAUCCAUUCCAAACUCUGCCUCGGGAGAGAGGGGUAAACAGCGACGACAAUCUGGCCCGGGUAGAAACGCCACCGCAGCAGCAGCUAAAGCUCGUGCUAAACGGAGGACCCUCUCGCAUUUCGAAGACUGGAGAGACGCGGUGCUGUUGCGAAUUGGCCGAGUCGUUAAUAAGGAUGAUGAGGACCAGGAACAACACAGCUCAGAUGUUGCUAAUUCCGACGACCUCCCAUUGAAUGAGGAUAAGGAGAGAAUGGAGAAAUUGCGCCAGAUUUAUCAUCCCAUUGAGACGCCACUACUCCAGCUCCCGAAAGCCACACGGCUGCUCAUUCUGCAUUCGCUUUUAUUGUUGCUGCUCAGCUUAGAGCACUACAGUGCCUACUCUCGAGUUUUGCUGCUGCAUGUCUCAUCCAGCCUGGAGAUUGACAUAAAGGUGCUGAAUGAGGACGAGGUCAAAGUGGCCCGUGGGUUAUUGGACACUGCAUUGGCCCUCUCCCAAGAACCGGAAAACAAACCACCAGAGAAAAAGAAGGAUAAUUCCAGGAAAUGGAAGGUCGGCAUUGCAUCGGUUGCCGGCGCUGCUCUGAUUGGUAUCACAGGUGGCCUUGCGGCUCCGUUCAUAGCCGCUGGGAUUGGAACUGUCAUGGGCGGUCUAGGACUCGGUGCUACUGCCGCAGCUGGGUAUUUGGGUGUCCUGGCCGGUAGUAGUGUGGUGGUCGGUAGCCUCUUCGGUGCUUAUGGCGGACGAAUGACUGGUCGCAUGAUGGAUAAAUAUGCACGCGAGGUAGAGGACUUCGCAUUCAUUCCAAUUCGAGGAUCACCAAAGCAGAAGACCGAGAAAGAAAGCGAGGCUGCUCAACAGGACCACCGACUUCGUGUCACUAUUGGUGUCACCGGGUGGGUGAAGGAGGAGUCGAACUUUGUGGUUCCAUGGCGUGUCCUUGGGUCUGAGUCGGAGGUGUUCGCCCUGCGCUGGGAAACCGAAUCUCUACUGAACCUUGGCAACGCAAUCUCUGCCCUCGUCACCAGUGCAGCGUGGUCUAUGGCUGGACGGGAAGUCCUGGCUCGAACCAUUUUCUCGUCGGUCAUGAGCGCAGUGAUGCUGCCGCUUGGUCUUAUAAAUAUCGCCAGUGUCGUCGACAAUCCGUUCAGCGUUGCCAAAUCCCGAGCCGAUAAGGCCGGUAAAGUUCUGGCAGAUGCUUUGAUUAACAAGGCCCAGGGCGAGCGGCCUGUCACUCUCAUCGGGUACUCCCUGGGCUCUCGCUUGAUUUUCUCUUGUCUGCAGAGCCUCUGCCGGAGAGGUGCUUACGGCCUCGUCGAAUCCGUCAUUCUUAUGGGAUCGCCAACCCCAUCUGAUAUUGAGGAUUGGCGCCGUAUCCGUAAUGUGGUGAGCGGACGGGUUGUCAAUGUCUUCUCGGAGAACGAUUCUGUGCUCGCCUUUCUCUAUCGGACAAGCAGCCUCCAGCUUGGUGUUGCAGGGCUGCAGCCUGUUGAAGGGGUUCCAGGUGUUGAGAAUCUCAACGUCAGUGAGACCAUCAGCGGCCACCUUCGAUACCAGUAUCUUCUGGGAAAUAUCCUCACGUCCAUUGGGCUGCAAGAUAUCGAUAAGCACGAAGUGGAGCUUGAGGAGGCUGCCUUGGCGGCCGAAGACAAAAAGCAAGAAGAAGAGCGGCUUCGCAACGAACGUGAAGCGGGGGUGAAGAAGGACGAUCCUGCUGCGCUUGAGAAACUCAAUGGCCAGGAAGGGUUUGGAGAAGAAGAACGGAUGCAGAAGCAGGUGCAGACGCAGACUGAGGAGUAUAUGACGCAUCAUCGGAUUCAAAUGCUGGACCUAGAUGAUGAUGAGUAUGCGUCGCCUUUGCCUGAUCAGCCAGGAAAACAUUCAGCUCUCUAG